GUUCAAUGUAAACAUGAGUAAAUAGAAUGAUCAAACGUUUAUCCAAAUUCCAUCAUUUUAUCUAAAUUUAACAAUUACCACCAAAUUCGUAAAUGUUUCAUAAUGGAGUCAGAUUAAUUAACGAGGUAAUGUAUAUUAAUUCAUAUUUGUUUGUAAACAAAUAUAUUUAAACCAAUUCUGUUAUGUCGUGAAAAGGAAAGACAGCAACGCGCAAAUAUACUUCUGCCGCGCCAUUGGCUACCGUCGUUGGACCUGUGGGCGGACCCGGAUAGGGACCUUACAAAGUGGUGAUCCCGGACGUGAUCUCUCUACCUGCACAGGCGAGUGACGUCUUUCCGACGCGACUAUUCAGUUUUGGAUUCCCACAGAAGAUAUGAGGUUUGAUCUUCCCCUUCCCUAUCUACAACUACUGUGGUAAGUUCGUUCCUUUACCUUUUAGAAGAGUUGAGGGAAAGCCUUUGCACAUCUCACAUACAGAAUUUUGUUAGAACGGGUCGGCUAUACCCAUUGUUAGACCGGAGACCGUAGAAAUCCGGUGGGGUACAAGAAUUAGAUGAAACAUGGACUCACAGGGACAUUAUAGAAGCAGUGUAGAGGAGGAAAUCAUGGAAACCGCCGCGCUAGAACUAAAAAACACCCUUGUUCUGUUAAAAGAGAAGGGACUAAUUAUCACAUGGAACAAUAAUGAAAUUGUAUCCUGGUAUUCUAGCGAGGGCCGUAAACUGGAAACGAAAUCAAAAUACAAAAAGACUCCCCUCGCUAUUGUUUACCUGAUGCGUCGUAACGAUUUGGCAACUCUAACCAAAAGCGAGCGAAAAAUUGAAAGUAUCCGAGAAAUUGAACGAGAGCGCUCAGACGAAUUACAAAAGCUAAGGGCACAAACUGAAGCGUUUACGUACGAAAAACAAAGCUGGACAAGACAGAGCGAGUUAAUGGCGAGAGAAAUAAAUGGGCUAAAAAAGAAACUAAAAACCGGCGGUGAGUAUAUCUCUGCUCUCGAAGACUGCUGCGGUAAUGCAGGCUUCCCGGUGGCUGCAGUUAAACAAGCAGCACUGGAAGAAACUUUUGGGUCAGAAAAAAUUGAUGAUAGCGAUGACGAUGAUGUUGCGGCGUCGACAAACAAAACACGCAGAGCUAUCCAAACCGAAGAGCGAGCUCCCAUACAAAAACGCCAGCAAAGUCAACGAAGCCCAAUUAAAACGAGAACAAAAUCAAGCGAAGCACCCUCAAAAUCUGUCCGCGUUGCCGUUCUUAAAACAAUGAAAAACGCCAACGAUGAAGUAACUACGAUUAGCCGCCCGCUAACAUGCGACGAGUGUUCAAAACACAAACAAGUCGUAGGAGUCAUGCCCCGUAAGGGACCAUUUCAGCCGUAUUGGGAAACAUUAAUGUUACAGGCCACCGUUUACAAGUUAGAAACUAGAGAUGUAUGGCAAAUCGCAUUGCUAACCAUUCCCGAAGAGCUCCGAUCCAAGCUAACCCCAGAACUUAAAUCCGGACGCAUAAUAGAGCAAUAUGUUGACGAAGAUGACGAAGCCAUUUACGAACGUUUAAAACAAGCAUUGUUAGACCUAAGGGGACCCACAAACGCAGAUUGGAGUAGAAUUCUGGAAAUAAAACAGGCAAACGGCGAGUCAUUCGAGGCUUAUGCUGAGCGUGUAUGGGUAACAUACAAAGAGCACUCGGGUAUGGAAAAUGCAAGCCGCGAUCACGAACCAUUAUUAGAGAUCAUAAAGAAGAAUGCUGGUACCCCAGUUCAGAGGGCUUUAAUAAAUGGUGUCGAUCCAGUGGAAAACUCAUUUAGGGCAGUUGUGGACUGGGGGUCAAGGAUAGAACAGAGGUGGAGGUUAAAACCCCGUGCUGUAGCAUCCGCACACUGGCUGACUGAAGGGAAUGGUGCAGACAAAUUUGACACUCGAAACAGAAUGGUUUGCCACUACUGCAAAAAACCCAACCACGGCAUAAAACACUGCCGCAAAAGAGAAAAAGAUAUAAGAAAUCAGUUAGCCCAGGACCAAUCAACGAUGUCCACUAUCGACUCUAAUUUGGAGAAACAAUUUAAGGAGUUUAUUGCGAAGAGUCUAAAGGAUGAAAAUAGCAGGGCAAACACAACUCCCGAUGACAAUCAUUAGUAAUAGGACAAUUGCGUAUACGAAAAUUCUGAACCUCCACCUGUACGCCAAUUAAACACUUUUAACAUCGUAACCACAAUUUGGCAGGUAAUUAAAUUACAAGAAUUCCCAAUAUCAGUCAUCGUAUGUACCACCCAUCAACCAAGGAUUUCAUUGGCCCGCUACCCGGUGGCCAAAGGGGGAUUUCGUUAUUGCCUAUAACAAUUAUUGCCUAUAACAAUUUAUAAAUUCUCAAAAUGGCACACGUGUGAGCGAACCAAACUCAUCCCAAGACACAUUAAAUAACACAAAAACAAUUGCAUUGAUGCAUUGUCCACAGUUUGAACAUUGCUUCGAACUUAAUGACUGGAAGAAUCAUGAAACUUCCUAAAGGCCGGGAACACACUCCAGCAGUCCUGAGAUAAAAGUCUCAGAAAGUGACAUGAGGAUAAUGUAUUUUUGUGAAGCAAGGUGCUUUCACAAAAUUGUGGCAUGAACCAUACGAAGGUAAAAUUAUACGCAACAGCCGUGUGGCCACCAUUGUUAAAUGGAAACUAAGAUGGUAUCACAUGUAACAGUGCAAACUGCUUAAGGGUACACAAAGCCAAAUAAGCAACAUUAACUGUCUCUUUAGAUCUUGUCUCCCAGGUUGGCUGCAGCAAUACCAUGGAGACCGGAGAAGAAGGAAGUGUCUAGACCCAUUUACAUCAAGUUGGGUCAAAGGGUAUCACUCACACACACGCUCUGGAAUGUGGGAGAUGGGCAGGAAACGCAGAGGCCAUACACGUCAUUUACUACACUUACACACAGAGAACUAGUUACAUGGCCUCCCGGAGUAGCUCCGGAACCAAAUUGCGCAACAAAAAUCGACUGUAAAAUAGGCUCUGACCAUCUCCCCAUAGGAUGCAUUCUAUGAGAAACACCAGCACGCACAUACUUUCAGAAUAUAACGCCCUGGUAUCAACUUAAAAAGAACCAGGAGCAAAUUGGGAGCAUGCGCACUCUCUAAAAAACACACACACAAAACAAUAGAUUUUCUCAAGGUUCUAAAGCCUACAACAUAUAGCUACACACACCGAAACAAUCAAUGCUACACAUAUAGGUUAUAUCGAAUUUAAACUCGAUAUAACCUAAUAUGCACCUGACAACAACAAACCAAAACCUUUUCUCUGGACUAGCCGGAGAGGGGGCACAUAUAGUAUAGGAAAAUGUGUUAGUGACCCAGGAAACCACGCCGGGCCACAAAAGUGAUUAUUUGACACUGAAACAUUGUCUUUAAUUUGACCACCUGUUAACAUUGCAAACCAAAAGAAUUCUAUUUUUUAUUUCUAUUUUUUAUUUUUCUUAUUUUUUGCUCAUGUGAAACACUGUGAUAACAAUGACAAGACGUGUGUAUGGCUACAGUCACGAAUCGAUGGUUUAAAUGCAUAAUUACAAAAGCGGACUUGCCGCGCAAAUCUCACUUCCAUUGCCAAUGACUACAAAAUAACCAAACAAUUUAAUUUCUCAACACGGUUGGCGAACCAGGUGGACUGGUUUUCAACAUAUUACAAGUAGUAAUGAAAACAUUAUCAAAACGGUUCGAUCCGAAGCGCAGGCGCUUCUUGCGGUCAGCCACACAUAAUUCAAUCAAACCUGUACCAUCGAGCGUGACUUUAGCCUGCAGGUCAUAUGCACAAGAUUACCUGGUGCUAGACCAGAAAUCCUAGAUCUUCAUCUGUACAAGACACCCAGACAAUGUUUUGAAUGACCUCAUAGAGAUCUUAGAUGAAAUGAAAAAUGUAAGAUAUUCUGAAUCGCUACCCACCAUAAUGAUGUUUACAGAAAAUGAAUGUAAUGGAUGUAUUGGGUUUUUCGUCAGUCUUCCUUUAAUACACCCAGAUCAGGUUUUUCCAAAUUCCACUACCAUAUGCUCUAUGGGCGUGGUAGUGAAGGAUCAGGUAAUUAAAUGGAAUCACCUCACUGGAUACAUGACACAAAAGGGUAAUGAGACCUUGUUUACCAGUCGCACAUGUUGCCAUGAAACGCACAAUUAUGUUAUCUGUACAUGUAACACAUUGCAACCUUUCUUCCUCAAUGACACCAAACUUAUAAAUGUUCAGUCGCUGCAUGGUUACUCUGAUGUUAUCCAGGUGUCACACUCACAGUGGUGCGUGGUCAGUGAGAUGAACUCUUUUACCUACGGAGGACUGACCUGCUCUGCUAAUCACUCGUUCUGCUUGGAAGUGACAGAAGACCUUUCGAUGGGUCAAGUCAACAUUUUAGGAUGAGUGCCACUGGACACAGAGACUUCACCAUGGUGGGAUGCAAGGUACCCAAGCUGUGGUUGACAUGAUGGAGCUAGCACAGAGACUGAUCCUGCAAACUGAAUACCACCUCAACCAAGCGCAGGUUGAGAUCAACCUGGCACGAAAGACUGCACAACUGUUAUCCAGUUCAUCCACCAGGUCGACACAGUACACAUACACCUGGUGGGACUGGGUGUUCCGGGGGUGUGCCACUGGCAGUGCCCUGAUCUUCACCUUCACUAUGUCUACUACUUCAGGCACCUCAUCAGAUCUACACAGGAAUCCACACACGCUGCCCUUGCCCUCAGCCCACUGCAGAUACCCGUGUUCCAAGGACUGUAAAAAAAAAAAAAAAAAAACAACUUUGAUUUGUCUGACCCCGUAGGUACCCUAUCACAAUUCGCCCACGGGGCCAAGCGGGGAAAUACUGUAAGAAUUUUGAUUGAUCCUGACCAAAAGGUCAGCCCUUCCUGAGAAACGGCAUGGACGCCCGAGAAUGCAGUGUGUGUGUGCCCUGUAGGUGCCCGAGGCAGCAGAACAUCAAAAGAGAACCUUUUGCAACACAACAACUUUCCUCCAGGACUCACGGCAGGGGACCAAGACCCCCAAAACACCCCUCUCGGGAACCAGAACUUUAUCUCGAUUACAGGAGACUCCCUGGAGAGUUACACUUGAUUUUCAAACACCACAUCUCCAUACAAAUGAUGGAUCUGCAGACAAAUGUCUGACCCCUCUACCCCUCCUUUCUUUGUUACCUCCUCAACACAGGACAGUUUACAGCACACCAGAUGAUUAUGUGUAAGAAAGGUCAUAUCAAAUGUAAAUAACAGUGGAAAAUAUUCAUGUCUCACUUCAUUACAAAGGUUUUAUCGCGACUGGUACACAGGUCUCAUUCUCACAUCAAUAAAACAAAUAGUAAAAAGGUUUAAUAGAGUUAAGAAAACUUAACUCUACCCAAGGGGCGUACACCCCACUUCAAAUGUAUCCAGGACGAGGUGCCUCCCAUAGGUCUGUAAGAACCAAUCACUGCAAAGUUCCAUUGAUAAAUAAUGUUUACAUAAUAUUUAUUCUAUCUGGGUAUAUAAGGAGAGCUGACAAACAUUUCAGGGAGUCUGUAGACAGAUUUCCCACACAAGCACUGUGUGUAGUUUUCAUCUCCAGGUAACAUUUCAAACUUUCUCAUUUCGUACCAUUAAGGGUUGUGUAUGAUUGGUCAAUGUAUUACAUUGUUUUGAACUAUUUCAUACUAUUGAUAUUUCUUAUGAUUGCUUAAUAUACUAUAUUGGUUGAAUUGGCUUUUGAAUUAUUGUACCGUUACCUGGUUAAUAAAUUGUUACGUUUUGCAUUCA